UUCAUAGCAGCAGUCACAAAGGCAAAAAACACUGAAGGUUGAAAUGACCGAAGAAGGCAGUUUUAUUGAAGUUGAACCUAAAAUUGAGCUCACCACAUCAACUCCUGAAAAUCAUGUGGAAAAUGGUACAGCUAUUACUCAAGAGACUGUAAUAGCACAAAAUGUUGAAGUCAAGCCAGAAACAAACCAUACUAAUGGAACAACACCUACUACACCAGAUAGCACUAUGGUCAACGAUGACAGAGGUCGAGGCCGGAGGAAGAGGGACUUCUUUGGAACGAUCAAGAGGAGAUUGGGUAGAUCAAAGAACCGAUCUAAAUCUAUGGACCGGGCAAUGGCGAUUGGAGCUGAAGCAGAACCAGGAAUUGAAUCCAGGUCCAUAAGUGCAGAUAGAGGACAACUUAAUACCAGUUCACCAGGAACCCAUCUCGGGUUGGGUCGCUUGUCAGUGCCCCAAGAUUCAUCAAGAAGGUCUUCAAUCUCAGAAGGUUCAGCCAUUUCUGGAACCUCCGUCAGGACAUACGUAAACGAGGCUUCCACUUUGGUUCUGGAGACUUUGGAGAAUGGAGUUAGAAGACACUUCUUGGUUCCAGUAGCCGUUGCCCAGAGACCCAGAUGGAGGCGCAAAGGAACCAAGUUGCAUAUUUAUAAUGAUCAUACAUUUGUAGCCAAACAUUUGAGUGGUGGUCAACUGUGCACCAUUUGCCAAAGGUCCAUACCGAGAAGACCAGGAAAACAAGGUUACGAAUGCCGUGAUUGUAAUCUGAGGUGCCACAAACAAUGCCACGUGAAGGCACCACAACUGUGUCCAAACCCCACAGUUUUGUCGAUCGAAUUAUCAAAGCUAAACUCGCCAUUGGCUGACAGACACAUCAGGAAAUUAUAGAAAAUUUAUUUCAAAUUAUGAUCAACAGGUAUUUCAAACUGUGGAAGUGUGAUGGAAUUUAUUUUUAGUAAAAAUGAUUCAGGUAAAAUGGUUGUGUAGAAAAUGAAGAUUUAAGUAUAAUUAUUAACUUAUUAUUAAUAGUUAAUUAAUGAACUAGACGAGAUUUUUUAAGAAAUCAGAUGACUUACCUAAAACGAAAAAAAUUUUAAAAUCAUUUUAUCACACAAAAAGGUAAGAGCAAACAAUGACUUUUAUUUGAAGUCAAAAAAGGGAAUUUAAUUAUAACAACGUUUUGUGUAAGUUGUUAAAAAUUUUGCCUUGUAAUGCAUUAGUAUUCUAUUAAAAUUAAAACCCUUCCAGCUUUUAGUACUUAUAAUUGAAACCAUUAUGUUCGAUAAUCGCCCACAAAAAGCUUCCAUUACGCCCACAUUUGUGUAUAUGUGAUGAGAAACACGUUUUGACGUGUAAAUCAGAUGAGAAACGCGUUUUGACGUGUAAAUCAGACGAGAAAUACGUUUUGACGUCUAAAUCAGAUGAGAAACACGUUUUUUAUUUGUAACAAACCAUAUAAAACAGUUCUGCCAUGAAUUUUUCAAAUUUUCCAUAAUUUUGAAAACAAAUAUUGUCCGGUCCAUC